AUGACUAAAGCGACCCUAGUAGCUCUACUGCUACUUCUUGUAGGGAGCGUGUGGGCAGAUGAACACAAUCAUGUGUAUGAGAAAGGAGAAGAGGUGGUAGCAUGGAUGGAUACAGUCAGACCAAUUCACAAUCGUCAGGAGACCUAUCCUUACUAUCAACUCCCAUUCUGCCAUGGAGACAGUGCUGUUCAGCAUCAUCAUGAAACAUUUGGUGAAGCGCUUCAGGGCAUGGAUCUUAUCAACUCUGGAAUUUCUAUUCGAUACCUGACUGAUGUGGAGGAUCAACCUCUCUGUACAAAGAAGCUGAAUCAAGAAGAUAUCGCCAUGUUUGAAUCUGCAGCAAUGAAUGCAUAUUGGUUUACAAUGUUCAUCGAUGACCUGCCGAUCUCUGGUCCAGUCGGAACUCGUUUAGCUAAAGCUGAAUUUGAUGAUAGCUCCCCGGUUCAACGGAAAGAAUACUAUAUAUUUACUCACAAGAAUCUUUUGUUUGAAUACAAUGCGGACAGAAUUAUUUCGGUGAAACUCCAAAUGGGUAAUCCAGUAAAGGUCACAGAUGUUGUACCUUUCGAAAUGUCCUUUAGUUACUCUGUUCAAUGGCAGCAAACAUCAAUUGAGUUUGAGGAUCGCUUCAAAUUGUUGCUUGAAACUGACUUUUUUGAACACAAGGUACACUGGCUUUCGAUUUUCAGUUCGUUUAUGAUGGUGCUCUUCCUGACUGGCCUGGUGUCUGUUAUCCUGUUGAGAACAAUCAAGAGCGAUUAUGCUCGUUAUGACCGUGAAGAGGGACCAGCAGAUUUUGAUAGAGACUUUGGGGAUGAUUAUGGAUGGAAACAGGUUCAUGGAGAUGUUUUUAGACAACCUCCACGCUUGAUGUUGUUGUCGGCUUUUAUGGGUACUGGAAGUCAAUUGGUGAUCCUGGCGGGUGUGGUGAUUUUAUACACAAUUGUUGGAGGACUAUACACAGAAAGAGCCACAAUUUUGACGGCUACUGUUUUCUUGUACGCGGUUACAUCUGCGGUGGCAGGGUUUACAAGUGCGAGGUACUACGCUUGCUGGGGAGGCAAAGAUUGGGUGAAAACUGUUAUUCUCACUGCAAGUCUGUGGCCUGCUAUGGUAGUGUGCGUGGGUGGCUACAUUAACAGCGUUGCGAUCUACUAUUCCAGCUCUCGUGCAAUUGCAUUUCCAAUUAUGUUGGCUAUGGUUGCUAUAUGGACGUUCCUCUGUUUCCCAUUGACUUUGCUUGGUGCAAUUAUGGGUAGAAACUGGAAGAGGCCGGCCGACUUCCCUUGUCGUGUGAACCCUAUCCCGAGACCUAUUCCAGAGAAGGUCUGGUACGCUGAACCCCUGAUGAUUAUCGCAUUGGGUGGAAUUCUUCCUUUUGGAUCGAUCUUUAUUGAGAUCUACUUUAUCUUCACCUCGUUCUGGACCUACAAGAUCUAUUAUGUAUAUGGUUUUAUGUUGCUGGUGUUCUGCAUUCUCUUGAUUGUCAGUGCCUGUGUAGCUAUCGUGAGCACAUAUUUCCUGCUCAACUCUGAAGACCAUCGCUGGCAUUGGGUGAGCUUCAUGACAUGUGCUUCUACAUCGGCCUACAUAUAUUUGUACUCUAUCUAUUAUUUCUUUGCGAAAACGAGAAUGACUGGUCUCUUCCAGAUCAGCUUCUACUUUGGAUACACUGCCCUCCUGUCACUUGGGAUGUUUUUCAUGCUAGGCUAUGUAGGGCACACAUUUGCAACCAUCUUUGUACGUAGAAUAUAUCAAAGUGUCAAGAUUGAUUGAUUCUUUUUUUUGGUUUUUAUUUUGAUUUCCUUAAAUUUUAUAUAUAUAUAUGUUAAACACAAAAUCGCACGCAAAAAAUUACAGCUAAAUAAAUACACAAUAUUAUACAC